AUGCCUCCAAAUAACACGAGAGUGACACUUCCGCCGAUAAAUUGCAUAUUCAAUUUCUUGCAGCAGCGAACGCUGGUUACGUUUUGGCUAUUUGAACAAGUUCAGAUAAGGAUAAGAGGAAGAAUUGGUGGAUUUGACGAAUUCAUGAACGUGGUAAUCGACGAAGCUGAAGAGGUGCCCAUAGAUGCAAAAACUGGUUCUGAAUUGGCCGAUCAGGCCAAGAAAUUGGGUCGAAUUCUACUGAAAGGCGAUAAUAUAACGUUAAUAACACCAGUAACGGAAUAG